AAAUUGAAAAUUAUGCAACAAUUAUUUAAAUUAUAUGAUACUUAUUUCUGAUAAUGUUAACACUAAAUUAUAAUAUUGAUAACAUUAAGAAUUUUAGAAACACGAGAAAUUAUUUUUUAAAUUGCUCUGAUGCAUGCAGUCUCAUACAGUCGUGGUAGUUGAUGCCUACCUAUGUUUGUAACACGUUAGAUUAGGUAAAUCAAAUAAUAAUUAUUCAUAUUUAGCAAUAUACCUACAAUGAAUGAAAACAAAUUGGAUACAAAUAACAAGUUAAAUUCUAUUUCGAUUAAUGGACCUAGACAUUAUUCAACUUCAUUAAUAGCUGGUGCUGUUGCUGGAACUGUUGUUGAUGUUGCAUUAUUUCCACUUGACACAUUAAAAACUAGAUUACAAAGCCAAUAUGGAUUUGUUCAGUCAGGUGGUUUCAGAGGUAUUUAUAAAGGACUAACGCCGACUAUUAUUGGUGCCCCUUUUACAGCGGGAUUAUUUUUUGGCACUUAUGAUGGUUUUAAAAAUCUAUUUCCUAAUGUAUCUAACAAUACUGCUCCAUUAGUUCAUUUAUGCGCAGGAAUCGUUGGUGAAGUGGUUUGUUGUACAACCAAAGUACCCAUAGAGAUAGUAAAACAAAGACGUCAAGCAUCGCCAAACCAAGAAUCCAUUUUAAAAAUCAUAAGAAAUGCAUAUGCUAACGAAGGAGUUUUUGGAUUUUAUCGUGGAUUCUGGACAACUGUUAUGCGUGAUGUACCGUUUUCUAUGUUGCAACUACCAAUAUGGGAAUAUUUAAAAAAAGAGUAUAGAAUUUUUACUGGUAAACCUUUAACAACAAUAGAAGUUGCAUUAUGUGGUUCUAUAUCAGGAGGCAUAGCUGCUGCUUUAACUACACCUAUUGAUGUAACAAAAACACAAAUUAUGUUAGCAAAUAGUGCCGUGGACCAAAAUUUCUCAACAGUCUUUAAGAACAUAUACAAAAACAAAGGACUCAAUGGAUUGUUUGCUGGUUUUCUUCCAAGAGUUGUAUUUAUAAUGAUUGGUGGAGCUUUAUUUUUUGGCGUAUAUGAAAAAACAUGUAGACAAAUUGAAGAUAAACAUAAAAAUAUGAUUUGAAAUUUUUUAAUAGUACUUAAGUUCAAGUUGAUGAACUUUUCUAAUUUUUCAUUGUUACCAAUAAUUGUUAUAGUUUUUUAUUUAUUAAAAUAAAAUAUUUAAAUAAUAA